GAGGGAAUGAUCUAGAACCGAGAAGCACCUGCGCAACUGAAGAGCAAGAAGCUGGAGAAAGGAGGCUGUGAAGGCGGACUGCGACUUCCUGUUGUGGCUUCUGUCACCAGUUUGUCAACUGCAAGCUUCAUGCAGUGUUAAGUUUCUUUCCGCCACCUACAUCCAGACUCCAAGACAAAGUCCAGCUCUCCCGAGUCUCACCAUGUCCAACGAUCCGGCGGCCGAGCUGCCUUUUUACUAUGGCUGCAUCAGUCGCACAGAGGCCGAGCAGCAACUGAAGCUGGCUGGGAUGGUUGACGGGCUCUUCCUGUUGCGACAGUGUAUCCGCAGCCUGGGUGGCUACGUUCUGUCUAUUGUGUUCAACCUGGAGUUUCACCAUUAUUCCAUAGAGAAGCAGCUCAAUGGGACUUACUGCAUUAUCGGAGGGAAGCCUCACUGCGGGCCCGCAGAGCUCUGUGAGUUUUACAGCAAAGACCCUGACGGGCUGGUGUGCCUCCUGAGGAAACCCUGUCUGCGCUCCCCGGACACACCGAUACGAACCGGCGCGUUUGAUAACAUGAAAGACAACAUGCUGAGGGACUACGUGAGGCAGACCUGGAACCUGGAGGGAGAAGCCAUGGAGCAGGCCAUCAUCACUCAAGCCUCUCAGCUGGAGAAACUCAUCGCCACCACAGCCCACGAGAAGAUGCCCUGGUAUCACGGUAAAAUCCCCCGUCAGGAAGGCGAGAGACGUCUUUACUCCGGAGCACAACCGGAUGGAAAGUUCCUAGUGAGAGACAGAGAUGAGCCGGGCACUUUUGCUCUCUCCAUGAUGUACGGGAAAACAGUGUACCACUAUCGAAUACUUCAAGACAAAUCAGGGAAGUACUCCAUGCCAGAGGGAACAAAGUUUGACACAAUCUGGCAGCUGGUUGAGUACCUGAAGAUGAAGCCUGAUGGCCUGGUGGCUGUUCUCGGGGAAGCGUGUGUUCACGGCAAAGCUGCUGAAAAGACACCCAGCCUUCCUGCAACAAGGCGGGCCGGCACAAAUGGAUACACACCGCCACCUCGAGCUGUUGGAGCAGUCGGAGGGGCCUCGAUGCCGGUUACCACUGUGCCUGACACAGAGGCGGACUUCAACCCAUACCACAACCCCAAUGAAGUGAAGAAGUUUAACAUCCAGAGGAGUCAGCUGCUGAUUGACGAAGUGGAGCUUGGCUCUGGGAACUUUGGCUCGGUCAAGAAAGGAGUCCUCAAGACUGAUUCGGGCCAGAUCGAUGUGGCCAUCAAAGUGCUGAAGAGUGAGAACGAGAUGCUGGUGAAGGAAGAGAUGAUGAGGGAGGCAGAGAUCAUGCACCAGCUGAGUAACCGUUACAUCGUUCAAAUGCUGGGUCUGUGCAACGCUGAGAACCUGAUGCUGGUCAUGGAGAUGGCCUCUGCCGGACCCCUCAACAAAUUCCUCUCCACCAAUAAGGAUACUGUAGCUGUGGAGAACAUUGUCACCCUGAUGCAUCAGGUGUCGAUGGGAAUGAAGUAUCUGGAGGAGAAGAACUUUGUACACAGAGACUUAGCAGCACGUAACGUCCUGCUCGUCAACCAAACUUUCGCCAAAAUCAGUGACUUUGGGCUCUCCAAAGCCCUGGCAGCUGAUCACAACUAUUACAAGGCACGUACUGCAGGUAAAUGGCCUCUGAAGUGGUAUGCUCCAGAAUGUAUACACUUCCAUAAAUUCUCCAGCAAAAGUGAUGUAUGGAGUUAUGGUGUCACCAUGUGGGAAGCCUUUUCCUAUGGAGGGAAACCUUACAAGAAAAUGAAAGGACCAGAGGUGAUGCGCUUCAUUGACAGUGGGGAACGCAUGCAGUGUCCACCAGCUUGUCCAGAGGAAAUAUACACCCUGAUGAAAGAAUGCUGGACGUACAAGCAUGAGGAGCGUCCUGAUUUCAAGAAGGUUGAGGCGUCCAUGAGGUCCUACAUUUCUUCCAAGGCAGACAAGGACAAGCCUGAGGGAGCUGCAGCCGCUGAUGAGCCUGUCAAGUAGACAGAAACAAGGCACAUUCUGUCCCAGUGUUGCAACAAAGCAUCCUUUCAACUGGCCAUUAAACCACCAAAACAAAGAGCUUUUUAUGAACGGUGCACACUGACCAGCUUCGACUACAGUGACAAUACAGUUAAACAGGCCUCAGUGACAAUAAAUGUGCAUUUUUAAGUUGGCCUUCAGUAUGUCAGCCAUAUAAGGAGGACCUCUAUCUGUCUGUCUGUCUGUCACGGUUUGAAUGUUAAGUGUUGAUGUUGUUACUUUUAUGAACGAUCUAAUUUUAUAUUCUGGUAUUUUUAAAAACAGUGGAAGUAUAUGGUAAAUAUAUAAAUUGGUUUUUUUUUUUACUGCACCUGGCGCCACCUAUGAGUAGUUUAUUUCCUUUUUUGUGCCAAAUAAACUAUAAGUAGAAUGAAACUAAUUAAACUGUACACUUUAGUGUCAGUCUUUCAACAUUCCUGCUAAGUCAGUGAUUAAUGGCAACAUUUUAGUUUACUUGCAAGCAAAGUUAACUAAUCGGAAAAGGGGAAGUCAAUAAUUUCUAUUAACUGAUGUCACAUUUGAUGUUAUGAAUGUUUAUGAAAAUAAAAAAAGAUUAUAAAUGGGGUUCA